AUGUUGGUGUUAGGACUGGUGGAUAUCCCCAUAUGGGGCCAACUACUCAUUCUACUUGUUGCUACGAUAAUAGCAUACGUUGUGUACAUGUCCUGGGAUUACAAUAUCUUCAAAAAGAUGGGCGUUGAUGGUCCAAAACCAACCCUUGUCAUGGGAAAUUUGGGGCUGUUCUUCAAAGAUGGCAUAGUUAAGGGCGAGAUUGACCUUUACAGGAAGUAUGGCAAAAUGUUUGGGACUUUUGAAGGGAAGUUUCCUACCCUGUUUGUUGCUGACCCGAAAUUACUAAAAGACAUUUUUGUCAAGGAUUUCAACAGUUUUGUCAAUAGGAGGGAUUUUAAUCAGUUGGAUGACCCGAUGAUACAAGAAUCUCUUUUGUCCAUCAAAGAUGACCAUUGGAGAUUUGUGAGAAACAUUAUCACACCAACCUUCAGCGGAAAAAAACUAAGAGAGAUGAAACCACUUAUAAGGCAAGCACAAGACAUAUUGUUGGAAAAUUUAGAAACGAAGGCAAAUAAUAAUGAAGACACUAACUUGAAAGAAACCUUUGGUGCCUUUACGCUGGAUGUCAUUGCCAGAACAUCAUUUGGUUUGGAAAUAAAUUCUCAAAAAGAUCCAAACGACCCAUUUAUAAAGCAUGCCAAAACCUACUCAGAUUCUACAAUCAUAGGAGUGUUGUUGGCAAUAUACAUGUUUUUUCCCUUCCUAACUUGGCUUCCACGCUUCCUCCAGUUCAUCGGAAUCAAUUUGACAAAAAAAUCAACAGAUUUCUUUGUGUCUGUAACUGGUGCGGCAUUGAAAGAAAGGCGACAAAAUCCAGGGAACCAUACAGACUUUUUAGAAAUCAUGGCAAAUGCACAGGCUGCUAAUGAAGAGUCACCUAAAACUGAGAACAUGGCUACCGGUAAAUGGUCAUCUGGACGAAAUGCUCUUUCUGACAAGGAGAUUAUGUCUCAAGCACUUCUGUUUUUCCUUGCGGGAUAUGAAACCACAGCUCUUACCUUGACUUUCGUCUUUUAUCACUUGGCCGUACAUGAAGACAUCUGUGACAAGGUUAUACAGGAAAUCGACGAUAAUCUGGGAAAGGAAUCCCCCGACUUUGAUAAUAUCAAAAAGUUAACAUACAUGGACAUGGUUAUUGACGAGACCCUGAGAAUAUUUCCCCCUGGAUCCAGAAUUGACCGGAUAGCAAGUCGAGAUGUUACCAUUGGCAACGUGAAGGUCCCUAAAGGCAUGAUUAUAAAUAUACCAGUAGGAGCUAUUCAUAUGGACUCGGAAUACUGGCCUGACCCGGAGAAAUUUGACCCAGAACGGUUUACCGAGGAGGCCAAAGCUGACAGGGACCCUUACACAUAUCUCCCAUUUGGCGCAGGACCCCGUAACUGUAUUGGUAUGCGGCUUGCAGUGAUGGAACAAAAAAUGUGCAUUGUUUCAGUCCUGCAGUCUUUCAGGCCAGUCCGCUCUGCUAGAACUGAUUGCCCACCAAAGAUCAGUAAAAUGGGAAACACCCCAACUGAGGAAGGGCUGUGGAUCAAGUUUGAGAAGAGGGACUGAGCUUUCCUGCAACUGCUGUCAAGACAGUGACACAUUUUAGUCUAAUAUCCUAUCUAUAUAUUAUUGUAUAAGAAAUGUCCUGUAGUUGUUUGUAAUUAGGCUAUGUGUGUAUAACAGCU